AUGCGCGAAGCGGAGCGCGGUGCUAUGCUUCAGCAGAAGUCAGACGCGGGCGAGCGCACACCAAGACCUACAGCCGAGCAUGCAACAAGGUCCACUGCCGAGCGCGCACCAAGACCUGCAACAGAGGGCAGCUCGCGGCCCUCGACCAGUCCUGCUCCCGCCCCGUCCCCUGCGCGCAACCGCGUCAAGCGCCGGACAGAGGACACUAGACCGUCGACAGCGACCGACAAUGCGGAGGAACAACUUGAACGUCCGACGACGCCUCCGACGCCGAUCGGGAUUACAGGUGGUACCUUUGGCUUUAGCAACUCACCUACCAAGCGCAAGCCGGCGCUGAACGACAUGUCAGUGCUGCACGAAGUCACGGGCAAGGGGAAGGCGCGCGCCGUUGACCAGGAGAGGGCACGCGCUGUCGAAGAGACCGACGAAGAUGUCGUGAUCGCCGUCGCGAGCGAGGGGCGCGUCGUGCGCGCGAGGAGCAUAGGCAAGGGCGACGCCGGCGGCAUCGGCAGGGGAAGCGCUAGCAGCACGACCAAGGAGGGCGCCAGCAGCACAGGCAGGGAAGGGGGAAGCCUCCGAUCAAAUACGCAUAGCGCUGACGUUCCCGCGGCAUCCUGGUGCUGUUUCUGCGACGUCGACUCCAUCUGCGUCGACGAGUCCAUCUCCGUAUUCAAGUACGGCGACUACGCCGACGAGUGGCACCUCGCCGACCUCAAGCUCGAAAGCGGCGUCGACAUCGGGCUCCAAACCACUCCCACGCUUGCGCUCUUCUUCGUCCCUCCCACGUUUCGCGAGCACCUCGUCUUUGGCGCCCAAGACCGCGAUCCCGCGGCAGGCGAGUGCGAAUUCGCUGCCCCGCGACAUAUCAGCAAGUCGCCAACGGACGACAAGCACGGCGGGAGAGCGGCAGCGGACGACGAGCACGGUGGGAGAGCGCGAGGGAUUGGGUUCGUCGCUACCGCGACCGCGGGCCACGAGUUCGUCGUCACCCACUGCGCCGGUGCCCCGGGUGCAGGUUUCCGGACAAAAACCGUCUAUCCCGAAGAUGCCGACGUCGAAGGAUUCGUUGACCUCCAAGGAAUCGCUGGCGCUACCAAAAACGCCGGGUUCGAGUACGAGGCAGAGAACGGGAAGUUCGUCGACGAACGCGUCGGUGAGGACGAGUCCGUCGGUUCAGUCGCUCGGUCAGCAGGCCGCGCAGUCGUCGUCGUCGUUGACGCAGUCGGCUUCGUCUUUGCAGCAGUCGACGUCUUCGCUGCCACCGGUGCCCAGUUCGGCGUCGUUGCGCAGUACGUCGAGCGCGACGCGCGAGUCGAGGGUGUCGCCUUCGUUGCGCAGGGUCUCGAGUGCGGCGUCUUCGUUGUGCCCGACGCAGACCCUCGUUGGAUGUCGGAGUCGGACGCGAGGAGAAUGCACGAGACGGAGGGGAGGCGCGCGCUAGAAGGAGAGCCCAUCUCACUCGGAGUAAGAGGACAACAGAUGCUGCGGUCGCCGGAGAGCAGCGCGCACACCUCACGCGCGCCGUCGCCACUAGCGCGCUCCGCGUCGGCGUCGGUCGCCUCGUUGGGGCAGUCUGGGCCUGGGGCGAGGGGCGAUCGGGAUGUCAAGCCGCCGCCGUUGUCAACGACGCCCGCAGGCGCGUUGCCACAACGUGGGCGGGGGCCGCAUGCCGGGGGUGUGGACCUGGGGACUGUUGAGGUUGUGUCGCGGGCUGCGCGCGACGUCGAUCCUGGUCCUGCCUAUUCCCCUCAGAGGAUGGUUGCGUCUGCGUCGAUGGGUUCGCCGCGUCAUGCGUCGUUGGCGCCGUUUCCGUCGUCGGCGUCUGUUGAGGCUGCGGAGGCGCCACCAAGACCGAAGAAGAGCGUGCGGAGGACGGCGAGCAUGACACUGCCGUCGCUGUUGUUGCACAAGCCGCUGAUGCCCUCCACCCUCUCUCCGAGCUUGCCGUCGGGAUUGUUUACGCCUAGGCGGGACAAGAGCUCGUCGUCGUCUGGGAGCCCUCAGGAGGCGAGUUGCUCGGCAUCGUUACCUGGCACUCCCGGUCCAGGGACACCGAGCUCGGGUGCUGGUACGCCGUCCACGCCUAGUAAGAGCGGGCUGUUCGGGCUUGGACGGUCGUUUGGCUUUGGGCGGAAAGCGAAGGACGAGUUGGACGCGGAGCGGGAGAGAGAAAAGGAGAGGGAAGCGGAGCAAGUGAAGGAGUGGGAGAGGGAGAGGGAGAAGGAGAAGCGGAGGCCGAAUGUACUGAAGAGGCGCUCGUCGACGACGCGCUCGGGGUUGGGUGCUGAGAUCCGCGUUGACUCUCCGCCGCCGCAAGAGUCUAUGAGGCUGGAGCGGAUCGACAGUAGCGGCGCAGAAGAGCAGCGGUUGCAAGAGGCGGAGAAAGAGCCAGCACCGAUAUUUGGACUUCCUAUUGAUCCCCGGCGAGGUCUGCCGGAUGAAGAGCCCGCUGCUGCGUCCUUGGAAACACCGCCGCGCAAGGCACCUAUAUACGAGUCCUUCCGGCGGCGCGAGGCUCCAAAAGAGACGCAGCGCCAGGACACGCUUUCGCCACCACCGAUGUCCCCGCCGCAGAACUCCAGGAGUUUGCACAGGUCGCCUUCGUCACCGAUGAUGAUGCUGAACCCCUGGUCGCCGCCAUCGCCUCAAGCGCCAUUACCGGAACCGCACCAUGCGUCGACUAGAUCCGCUGGUGCUCUUUCCGAGAUGUCGCGAGCGUCGUCCGGCAAGGAUGCAAGCCCGAGGCCAUCGUUUUCGUCUGACUCGCGACGCAGCUUCUCGCGGGAUGCACACAAGAGGGGGCAUACGCCGGCAGUCCCUUCCUCGUCGACGUUUGGGCCUUUUGGUACUCUUGGACCCUUCGAUGGGCCCGAUGCGGAGGGGAUGCCCUCUCGGGAUCGACGCGACACUGGUACCUCCGUGGGAAGCCGUUCGACGGCCAUGUAUACGUCGGACGGGCGGCGCGACUCGGAGUGGGAGAGUCGCAGGAAUACCACGUUCACCAUCGACGACAAGCUCGACAGCGAAGUUUGGCGGAAGACGCCCACCCUCAGCGACCGCUUGUCGUUGACCUUGGACUCUUACUACGUGACCCCGCCUUCCGCAUCCGCGAAUGAUGAGCAGGACGCAGGACGCGGCGUGGCCUCUUUGGACAGCACGCUCGAUCGGCCACAAACGCCUACGAAAAGGCUAGCUCGGCGUCCGUCUAUGCUAGACGUCAACAUCGAGUCCCCGGAGAUCUCUAUGGAGGGCGCAUUCGAUAGUCUCGCCUCCCGUCAAAGCAAGGACGGUGGAGAGUCGGCACCCGAGGUCCCUCCUGCUGAGACCGCGAAGCCAGAGGAGCUUGAAUCGGCUCGCACGAUGUCGCUCGAGCAAGCGCGCCCUCUACCAUCGGCUUUGACAAUACAACCAAGCUUCCGGCGUGUUCGGGCGGCCGACGAAGAGACGCUUUUGAUACCUCCUCGAGAGUCCGUGGCGACACUCUCUCCAUCGAGCGCCAGCGAGGGUCAGCCAUUUACCCCGGUACACGCUGUCCAUGGCGAGGGCUUCGACAUGAUUGCUCGAUUGGCCAAGGAGGAGGCCGUGGACGAGGAGAUAGAGGAGGUUCCUCGGCGAGAACGUCGCGGGACUGUGGCUGGCGUCGAGGUUGAGGUCAGCAUUGGGCCAUCCGAAGCGGCAGAGACUCAGCAAGAUGAGAGGAAACCGGUACAACUUGAUCGGGCUGAGUCUCCCUUUGGUACCCGAACGGAGCCUAGGAAGAUACGGACUACGCCACUUGUCAAGGGAUCAACGCCAAAGCCCGAGAAGGAGGAAGGCAGCCCUCACCUUCCUUACUUUACUGUCUUUGGGGGCGUCUCGCCUCUUGCCUCGACUUCCUCAGCGUUCGUCACUAGUGCCUUUGGGACCAAAGGGUCCGGUCCUACAUCGCCCAAUAUCUUCUCAUCGAAGCGUCGGCCCCAAUCUCCGAGAGCGUCGUCGCCACCUGCGCGACCGAGUCACGGCACCAGCAAGAGUUACAGUGAGAAGGGUCUGGCGCGUAAGCUGAGCACGCGGUACCUGCGCGCACACGACGACAUCGAUACUUACACCAAGUCCUCGACCUCGACCCCCGAGAAAGAGUCUUGCAAGUCACGGUCCGCGUCGUACGAGGAAGAAGCGCGCAAGAGCGGCGAGCGACAACGCGCACAGCUGAGCAAGCGCAACCGCAAAAGCGAGCCUCCCGGCGCGCUGCUCAGCGCCGCAGAUGGCCCGAGCACUAGUCAAAACAGUAGCCCUGGCUCAGGCGGGAGCAGGAUAUGGCGCUUGGUCAAGCGCAUCAGCACGGGCGCGCUUCGUGACAAGGCGGACUGGGACGAGGAGAGCACAAAGGCGCCUCCGGUGCCGGCAAUCCCGUCGCAUCUGCGCGAGGGCAGUGCAUUCAUCGGCGGCCCGCGGCAGAGCGAGGAGGUGCGGUCCACCAAGUCGAAAGCGCGACCGUUGCCAGUCAAUCGUCCGGGUAACUCGUCGCCGGAGGUGGAGUCGAGCGUUGACGAAAAGUUCUUCGCUGGCACUCGGCGGUCGAGCGUGAGCUCGGUGGAUCCGUCGGAUACUGUGGGCAAGCCGAUUCUACCGCCGAGCGAGCUUGGAAGGAUUGCGAGGGAGAUGGAGGCGGAACGGCAGUCGACUAGGGAGCGAUCCAAAUCGUCUACCAGCUCGAACUCCAUGCGUUCUGGCCAGAGCACGCGCACGCGCUCGAGCAGUGGACGCGGCCAAGGUCAUGCACGCACCGACACGGAGUUCACCAUCAUCGCGACGUCGCCCAGCGAAGAGCUCACAGCUCUCACCGCGCCUCCACCACGGCGUCGGAAAGACGACGAUCUCGCCGAGUUUGGUGCAGCUGCGGCCGACUCACCCAUGAUCCCGUCCUUCUCGGUCGAUCAGCCUAUCAACGCGUUCAACCGGGCGAAGAUGCACAUUCCUUCCAGGUCUGCCCAACGCAAUUUGUCGUUGCCAUCCGCGUCCGAAUCUCCGCCGUCGCUGCCGCCACCGAGAUCGAAGACCCGCCCGUCACUGCAGGAGACGCGAGAGACCGGGCGGCUACAAAGCCCGCAUGCCCACUCGUUCUCGACGUCCGCUCUCAAGCGGUCGAAGGCGCCGCCAGUGACCUUCCGUGAACUAGGUUCUGCGCCUACGGCAUCGCGUUCGCUUUCGGAGAAGGAGAAGGCGGCGCGCUGGGAUGACCUGCUGCUUAUGAGUGAACGUGCUGGAGGCACUAUUCACCUGGGUAGCGAGGCGCCUCCCGACCAGUUCUUUCUCGACGGCCGGCAACUCGUGUUCGCCGUCGCCGUGAAAGCGCCCGACGAGUCCGCGCACAUCCUCCUCGCGGUCAUAGAACCUGGCGGGCUAUUCUCCCCAGUACCAGCUGGCCCCUUCCCGGUCGACACUAGCAGGGGUCUUGCGAUCGACGAGAAGGGAAAUCUGCGGACGCUUGCGGCGGAGGAUUACCAGGGCCUCACAGCGCUCGCGUAUGGAGUCGAUGCGAUGCAGGACCCCGAGCUUACUGGGUCGACAUGGCGGAUGGGCAGCUCUCCCGAGGACCAGUCCACAUACGAGCUGUCGGUGCCGGUACCGGGCAGAUUACAGGGCCUGGGCGGGAAUCCGGUUCUGCGCCAGACGCGCGUGUACGCGUACAGCAAGGAGAAUACGAAGUUGAGCAUGCAGCUGCCUCCGGCGCUUGUGGAGAUUUUUGAGCUAGCAGAGGAAGCGCGGGUGGAUGGGGAGCCUAACGAGGACGUGAUCAGAUGGGUGAAGAACACGUUGAGUAGCACCUCCAUCCCCAACCUCACCCGCAAGCAAGUUGCCAAUGCCGUCGCCGCCAUCCGCGCCGCUACCUCCGGCCAUGCUCACAUCGCCCCCGUCAUCAACCUCGAACCCAAGACGUCGUACCCACCCAAGGAGACCCCCAGGAUACCUAUCAACGGCAUGCUUGGCGUGCGCAUCCCCGGCGCGCCCGACGUGCCCGGGCGACACGCCGUCCUGGACUCCCUCGAGCCGUGGAGCAGGCCGCCGAAUAGGAGGAACUGGCUGGGGCUCGGAGGGCUGGGGGAGGUGUGGAUCUCGUACCCGGUAGCGAGGGCGGGGAAGAAGCAGACGAUGAGCACGGUGCGGACGGAGUAUGGGAGGGACGCGGACGACAGGGUCAUCCCCUGGCCCGCGGACGCGACUGGCGUCUUCUACCUCGACAAGGACGCGCCGGACGCGACUGUACGCUUCCGUCUGACGAAGACGGGGGAGCACGCCGCAUUUGAGCAGGGGGAGGACCUGCGGGGAGCGGAUGGCGAGCGCUGGGCCCUACGGUUGCACCGGCCUCUGCAGCAAGGAGCGGUGGCGAAGUUACCGGGAAUACACGAGCGGCACCACAGCGUCAUUCGACUCCUGUACGAUCGCCGUGGGAGGCUGGACGCGCGCGCAGUUCAGAACGACACUUCGUCCCCUACGCCUGGUACCCCACCCUCGUCAGAUACGGACCCCUCCUUGACAACCGGAGACCCCUCCUCGACAUCCGGAGACCCGUCCUCGACAUCUGGAGACCCCUCCCCUCCGCCUGGAGACCCCUUCACGACAUCCAGCAGCCCUACACCUGCCGUUCCUUUCCGCCUGCCGUUCCCCGCCGGCACCGUCGGCUACCUCUACUACCACGCGCACCCAGAAGCACCCGUCACGGCCUCUGGCAUCCGCUUCCGCGUCGUACCCGAUGGCAAGAGGUGGGAGGAGGGGUGGGAUCUGGAAUCGGCGAUGGGGAGGCUUAUGGGGCUUGGGGAAGGGGACGCGGUCGGUGAAGGGGAUGCGGGCGGUGAAGAGGGAGAGGCCUCGCAAACUCGACAGGCGGCGGAGGGUCACGCCCCACUCGUGCCUUGGGAGCUCACCAUCGCUCAUGCGGCCAGUUUCCUGGGCCCGUGGGUGGGCGAGCCAUCGUCGGUGCUGGAUUCUGCGGGCGAGCCAUCGUCGGCGCGGGAGUCUGCGAGCGAGUCGUCUUCGACGCUGGGCUCAGCGGACGCUGGCGUGCAUCGCGAGGAUGGGGUAGGGAAGGUGGUGGAUGGCGAUGAGGAGGAUGCGGCCAUGGAUGAUGAGGAUGCAGCGCUGGACGAUGAAGAUGGGACGGAUGAAUCGGAGACUUCAGCAAGCACCACGGACGGUGGCACGACUGGCUCCAUACCGCGCAGGCACUACGUCCUGACCCCGCAUACGACGCGCGUGAUGGUCGAUCUGACGUUCGGGGCGUGGCCAACUGGGAGUACUGGCAAGAUCCUCGCCAAGUUCGAAAUCGCAGACGAUGGUCGAGCCGCAGACGGAGUCCUUGCCCUUCGCGUUUUGCGCGAAAUCGAGCCAGUUGUAGUGCCUGGCGUCUGGGAGCCGACGGCCUCGGACUCCACGCGCCUCGAGGGGCAAAUCCUUUGGCGUGUUCCUCUUGACGGCCCAAUUCCAGAAUCGACUCUCCUCAAUAUGCCGCGCUCCGUACAUGUUCAGGCCAUUUUUGAGCGCGCGCGAGCAGCAUAUUUCGCCCAGGGCCUUGCGAAAAAAGAGAUAAAGCGACUGCCAGGCCACCCGAAGAAGGACGGGGAAGACGCGGUACCAGCGCGCAAGGAGAAACUCACUGCCGAGGAGUUCGAUAGCAAGUUCCCCCCUAUACCGCGACGCGGGGUCUGCGCACCAUUGGAUGUGGCGAUCUUGAACCACCAGAGGGCGGCCCUGAGGGCACUAGCGUUGACGAAGACGCAGACCGACUUGACUACGUGGUUUCACGGUGGACCUGACAACGACUCGCGCACCGGAAAGGCCACUUUCGAUCCCACUCCUCUUCUCGCACACCGCAUCGCUGACUGGGUCGACCCCAAGAGCGGCCUGGUUCGCAACAUCCAGGAGCAGGUCGAGACGGAUGUGGACUUCCUCAAUCGUCCGCUGGUUGUUAGUCGUGGUCCGGCCUACCACGCGCAGCGUGCGGGGAGCACGAGGGAUCACCCCACUCCCAGUCGCGCGGACCCCCUCGGCCUUGACUUGACGGCUGUCUCAUUGAUGGGUCGCCGACGAGCGCGGGGCGCAGUGGCGAGGCUAAGGAGGAAGUCUCGGGAGGCGACGUUGCGAGGAAUGGCAAGCUCGGAGAAGGCGCUAGAUCAUGGUCUGGUAUAUCUGGCAUCCUCGGUGCCGCCGACUGACGGUGACGUUGCGCAAGAGCAUCAGGCGAAGGCGCAGGGGACCGGCCCAGAGGUUCGAGAGAGGGUUACGCGCGCUCGGGCAGAGAGAUCGGCGGCCUGGGCGAGGGUGUUGGAGGAGUAUAGGGCUCGACGGGAGCAGCAGGAACGCGAGAAGGCGGAGAGGCGAAAAGAGAGGGUCAGGAGGCGCGAGGAGAAGCUCGAGGAGGAGCAGGAGAAGAGGCGCUUGCGACAGCAGGAGAAGCGGGAGAAGGAGCUGCUGAAGAUGAAGCAGGCAGAGGAGCGGGAGGCGCGGGAGCAGGAGCAGCGAGAGAAGGCGAGGAGCGCCAUGGCUCAAAGGACGCGUGCACUGGACAGUCAACGCCUGCACUUGACGCGCGCGUCACAAUGGCUCGAGCGCGCGGAGGCGUAUCUGGACGAGGCGGAGGCUUACGCGAGCGGCGGUGCUAUGAAGACCGACAAGCAGAGUCCACCGCUUGCGGGCUUCGCUGGCUCCACCUCCAUGAAUGUCGCUCUGGCUCGCGCGACAGUCUUGAUGCGACAAGCCUCUCGACACCUUGUUCGUGCUCGCCUUUCCCCACGAUCGCCUCGUCCGGCUGUGCAGCAGCUCGUCGGGCCUCUGGAGCGCGCGUCACGCUCCAAGCCGCCAAGAGCACGCUUUGUGGUCUCCACUCUAGCGGCAGACAAGAUCACGGACCUGGACCGCGUCGACUUGAGCCGGACAGGGCAGCGAAAGCGCGAGGCUUUCAUUGAAUGGGAGAGGCGCAAGAUGGAGGUCGAGAUGAAGCAAGAGGAUUGGGUCGAAGAACCGCGAGGACGACCUACGCAAGGCCCCGGUUCCGUCGUUCUCCAUCAUCCCGAGUGGACCCAGAAAGGCAUGGUGAUCCCGGCGAACACACUCGAGAGAGGCAGUGGCAAGCCAGGGGCGCGCACAUCGCUUGACGACGGCGACGAUCGUGGCACGGACAUUUCAAGCUUCCCGCCAGCGGAGGGUUUCUUCUAUUGGUACGAGGGCCCCGAUGGACCGCCUGGGUUGCGCUUCCGCCUGGCGUCCAAGGGCACGGCCUUCGUGAACGGCCAAGAUUGGGUGCCAGGCGGGGUUGAUGGCGUUCCCUGGGUCUAUCCUGCCACGACAGCCGUGCGCCACGGGCGUUUGUUUCCAUGGCUUCGUGCCGACAAUGUCCUCUCGCCCGCGGUGGAGGCAUCUGCCUCUCUCGCCUUGCGUCGCGCAUGGUAUAAAUCUGGCUUGGUCAGGCCUGCUUCGCACAUCGUUCAUCACCUUCUCCCGCAAAACCUUACCGAGGCGGACAGGAUAUGCUUCUCGGGAUGCACUGCCGCAGUCGCUGUAUCCGGCGCGGCUUAUGCUAUGCCGAAUAUCGAGCUCGACCGUCGGCGAGUGAAGCGCCGCAUGGCGUGUCAUUCGAAGCGGGUUGCGAUAUGCGUGCUGGUCAUGGGCGGUGGCGGCUUACUCACGAUGGGUUCUCGCGGAGAAGUCAGCUCGCUAGACCCGACUGAGGUCAAGGAGGACGAUCGUCUCAUCCUCGAUGGGUUCAAGUACUACGAAGCUUGGUCCUACGCUGGGGUGCACAGACGGGUCGUCAGCAGAUCCGAGCCGGACCCCAAGAGCGUGGGCGGGACAAUGUCUGCGGAGCUCCGCUUUCGACUUGUCCCUCCUGGUACCCCUUUCUGGGAUGGGCGAGACCUCGAGCGCGCAGGCAAACCAUGGCGCUGCGGUCUUCGCUUGCUCUGUAAGUGGCAGCCCGCAACGAUGGCUGCACUCGCGGACGCCGGUCAUAUUCCACGUGCCUUCUAUGAGGAGGCGCGGAAUGCAGUCGGUCUCUCGCGCUUGCAUCAAGGCUUCGUUCUUGAUGACGACUAUGACGAGACCGGGUCCCGACCCGUGCGAUGGCGCUACCCGUCUGUGAUGAAGCUUCUGGCGCUCAAGGACCCUCGUGCAGCGCGCUAUCGUCGCAGAGGCCCUCGAGUGUCGUAUCAACGUCGGGUGCCUCGUUACAAGAGCCCGCGUCGCCUGUCGUUGAUGGAGCACAAACAGGUGUCGACGUUGGAUCCCUCGAAGCUCACCGACGCAGAUCGAGUCGAUGCGCGCGACCUACGAGGCAUCAUCCUUAGCGUGUCCUCCGGAGCUGAUGUAGAAGACAAGCGCAUCGAAGUCAACAUCCUGGCUCCGCGUACUGGUCGCUUCCCGCUGGAUGCCAUUGGCUUCAUCUACUGGCACGAUCCGCCGAACCGCCCGCCAUGGGGCGGCGCAUUCCGCUUCCGCGUCGCACCUCCCGGUACUGCGUUUGCUGACGGGCACGAUCUCUUGAGUCCCUCGAUCGGCCUUCCCUACGAGUGGGGUGUCAGUGCGCAAGACAAGUUGUUCGGCAGCUGGGCCCUCGCUCGCUUCGAGCACAAUUCUGACGACCCGAACCGCCUUCAUCUGCGCAUUCAGAAGCUGCUGUCGCCACCCGUGCCACGCUUCCCGGACUACGACGGUUUCGUCCCGCCGCCGCGCGAGGGUGAGCUGGUGAUGAUGAAUACGGAGACACCUUGGGAGUACGUGUACGAUAGGAAGCGGCCUUUCGAGGACUAUGCAACCGCAUUGGACCUAUUCUGGACGGAGGCGACGUGUCGGGCGGACUACACACGCGAGGCUGGCGGCGAGGAGCAGUGGAAGGAGGAGUGGGUGCAGCCGAAGAGACGGACGAGGGGGAGGAAGAAGUACGGCCGGUGA